GCCGCGCUAGAGCGCAAGCUGCAGUACUUCCACGUCCAGUUUCCGUUCCUUCUGGAUGCUGCAGGCCAGGCUCCGGCACGGCAGAGAAGAACUUCGCAAGAUGCUUCGACUGCCAACCUGUCAGAGCCUUUCCUCAAAGGUGCUGCACGAUUGGAGGCCAAAGCGCGACCUGGAAAAGGCUGGUCUGGCGCGCCAAAGCUUCUGAUCAGCUUCGGCGCGGUGAUCGUGCUGCUGCUGAACGCUGCCUUGAUCAGUCAACCGGUUCUCGUCCUGGGCCAUGCUGUUCUGAUGUCUUUGGCUUUCCUUCCGCUGACUACGGCAGGCCUCCUGAGCUACACCAGAGAUCGGACCGGUGGCCUUGUCAUGGAGCCUCUUCUUCGGCAUGCUGCGCAUGCAUCCUUGGGCGUGCUGGUGCUGCUUUGUGCCAUUUUGGGGUGCUUGUCCAUGUACUGGAAGAGGCUCUGUGCUACAGAGCCACGACUGUCGCCAACAUGGAGCAGCAGAUUUCAUGUCUUCGUAGGCUACGCAGUCCUCAUGCUGCUUUUUGCAUGCAGCUGCUCUGGUGCCGCCAAGCUGGUCGCUCUUCAAAGAGGAGACGAACGGCAAGAUGUCGGGACUUACCACUCGGUUUUGGGAAAGCUCAUUUACAUCCUGGCUGCUUUCAACCAGGUGCAAGGCUUCUUCCUGCCAGACCUGCUGCCGGUCUGGGUGGCGGCAAUUCUCACUGUGCUGCUGGUGAUUUGUGUGACCGCUGUGCUGGCUUUCCUGUGCUGUCCGCCACCGACAACCCCAAGAGCUGCAGCCCCUGUCAAGGAGGAGGUUCGGCGAGCACAGCUGCUGGGUCGGCUGAUCCGUGGCCAGGCUCCACCUAAACUUCAUCAUGGUCCGCAUCGCAAGCUGGCACGACGGGAUUGGGAUGCUGUCGUUGCGGCCUUCGAGGUGCAGGACACUGCCAACAUGGUGUCGCUAUGCUUCCUUCGCUGGCACCGCUUUGCGCAGUCAGCACACAUAACGAAAGCUCAUGCUGAGCUGCGAAGCAGCGACAACAUCGUGAAUUUCUUGUCCUCGACCUUGCUGGGCGACAUGAGUCGGUUGCCUCAGAGCCUUCUGACAUGGUGCCUUGUGAUAUCCUGGGUCAUGCCGCCCGGCAAGUCUUCGGUGCGCGAUUGCGAUGAGAAAGAGCUGGUCGUGGAAGAAUCCGUGGACAGCCUGGGCUUCGGCUUCGUCGAUUUGCCGCCAACGAAGUAUGCCCCGUUAGUCAUCAAGAACGUGAAGAAGGACUCCUGGGCUGCUGAUGCUGGCAUCCUGGUGGGAAGCGAGCUUCUUGAGUUGAACGGCCAGGAAGCGGGCCAGAUGUCUGCUGAAGACUUCCGAGCAGCAUUAAAGCAGCGGCCACUCCGAGUGAAACUGGCACCGCCGAUGGCCGAAGCUUGGAAACAAGUGGCAAACUUCCAACAGCAGGUGGUAUCUCUGAGUCUUCAAAAGGUCCACCUCCAGCAAGCCCUGAAGGACGAGAGCGAGCGAGUGAAGAAGGAGCUUGGCAUUUGCACGGCCCUUGAGAAGUCCAACAGCCUGCAGCACAAGGCACAGCGGGUCAAGGACCUGGCCGAAAGAGAUUUGGAGAGACGGGCGCUGGAAGAGCGCCUUUUGGCCUUGCAGGCCGAGCUCGACGCGAAGAAGGCGGAGCUCGAGGCGCUCGCGGCGGCCCAGCCGAGCGACGUGCCGCCGAACUCCGGGCCGAACGGCGACGCGCAGGAAGAGGAGUCCAGGCGCCGAGCUGACCUCGAGCGUGAGACCGCGGAAAUGCAAGAGACGAAGGCUGCUUUGGAUGCCGAGCGCGCGGCCUUGCAGCAGGAAAAAACGCAAGUGGCGAAGCAGAGCUCCGAGCUCGAGGCUCUUCGGAUCCAGCUUGAAGCAAAAGCCAGCGCUCAAGCCCAGCGCGAGGCCGAGCUCGACACGAAAGAGGCAUCCGUGCGUGAGGAGCUGGAACGUCUGGAGUCUCUGGCUGCUCUUGAGGUUGUCGAAGAGGAGCUCUCCAAAGGGCGCGCAUCGCUGUUGGCUGCACAGCCUUUGCUACAACUUCUGGAAGCAGAGGUGGAAGGUGACACGGGAUCUGCAAGCCCUGGCAGCCCGCCACGACCUGCAAGCCCCUCAAGAUCGCAAAGACCCUCGCAGACCUCCACAAGGAUGUCAAUUGCUCGGCAGUCGCUCACUGCAGCCAGAAUGACGCAGCUCAAGGCAGCAGCAGCGCCCGUGCAGGAAGCAGAUGAUGAUUCGGAAGAGAUGUUCUGA